CUUUAAAACACGUCGCUCACUUCCUCUGAAAGUGAAACCAGUAAGCGGCGGCGGACUGCGAGCACUAAGGCUUCAUUUGUGACUUAUUUUUCGGUCUAAAAAAGGGGAUAUUGUUUUACUGAGUAACAGAAGACGCACAUAAACUGACAGCGAGCGCCGUGAGCUGAGCACCGUGAGCUGAGCACCAGGCCUGCGCUGGUGGAAGUGGGUCUGUGAUGGAUAGGCUGAAGCUGUCUAGCAUAGAUGAGGAGCUGGAGUCCUCUGAGGUGGCAGCUCUCUGCUUCUUGUGUCGGGAUGUUGUCAACAAGAAACGCCUGGAGGGGAUCAGGGAUGCAAAAAAGCUGUUCUUGAGACUACAAGAAAUAGGUCUGCUGGACAACCAUUUCUUCCUUUGUCAGCUGCUCCAAACUAUCGGUCGACCAGACCUCCUCAACUUCCUGGAGACAGACAGCAGGCGACCAGAAGAAACCGAUGCAAAUCCCAUGCUGUCAGAAUACAGGGUGAUGCUGUACAAAGUAUACGCCGACAUGACUAACGAAAAUUUUGAAAAGAUGAAGUUUCUUUUGAGCGACAAGCUGGGCAGAAGACAAACUGAGACAUGCAAAACAGCACUGGAUGUGUUUGCUGAAAUGGAAAAGAAUGCUGACUUACUGUCGAACACAAAUCUUCGUGUGCUGCAUGCAACACUGCUUGAGUUGGAUCAACAACUGGCAUUGACUAUACAGCGCUACAUGGACGGGGUAACCCAGCUGCCGCCUCAAAACAGAUCUGCUCAUGUCAGCGUGGAUUACCAGAGGGUCAACAACUCCCGUCAGCCAACACAAUCUAUCAAUAUGUUGAUGUCUGUGACUCAGCCUGGCGAUGGAGCAGCGAGCGUGUGCCCCGAUGCAGCACCACAUAUAGAGUCCCCCACUCUUCCUGAUCACGUGGAAUGUAGGCUUAGGGGUGCUGACGUCCUGCCGGACAUGGCCACCGUGCAAGAGUGCAAGUCGUCAGCAGAAAGAUUCAGCAUGGCAGCCAAAGACAAGAUAAGAUGUAAUAAAACAGCCAUUCAGAUGAUUUUGAGUGGAGACCACAGGUUGAUCCUCAACAAAGUUCUUGAGAAAGGCCUGAUAACUAGACGAGAGUACAAAAAACUCAAAAGCAUCAACAAGGAAGACGAAGAGGGCCACGUCAUUGAGCUUGUGGAUAAGAUCAUGGACAAAGGAGAAGACCGCUGCCAAGGCUUCCUGAACCUCCUGCAAACUGAUGAUGACAUUCAAGAGACGUUCCCAGACCUGAAGAACAUACUAUUGAAUGACGCCUGCCUUUUACCUAGGCCUGUCCAAGUUUCUUCGGUUCAUGAAAGUGAUGUUCUGCCACAAGAGAGCAAGAGGCAAAAGGAGGACAUGCAGUAUGAGUUGAACAGCCAGCCAACCGGCCUCUGCGUGAUCAUAAACAACAAGAAUUUCAUGGAUGGGACAGCAAGAAAUGGAACCGACAAAGAUGCUCAAAGUUUGACAGAUGUGUUCAGCUGGCUGGGGUUCAGAGUGCUGAUGUGUGAAGACCAAACCAAGGACCAGAUGGAUCGCACACUGAAAUGCUUCGCUUCUCAGAGCGACCUCUCUCAGCUGCAGGAGUUCAAUGUUAAGGAGUGGUUUGGCAGCGGAUUCGCCGCUCUUCAAGAGGCUCCUAAGCAUGGCGAUGCCUUCAUCUGCUGUAUCCUGAGUCACGGAGUGAAGGGCGCGGUCCUCGGGAUCGAUCGGCAGCCCCUCUACAUCAAACAGAUAACUAGAACUUUCAAGGCAACCGUUCAGUCUCCCCUCACCAACAAGCCCAAAGUGUUCCUGAUCCAGGCCUGCCAGGGAGGGCAGACGCAGCAUGGAGUGUUAUUAGAAGAGCUGCAGGCUGAUGGCUCUCACUCACUAUCCAUCCCUGAAUUUGCCGAUGUUCUGGUUGCUGUUGCCACUGUUGAAGAUCAUGAGGCAAUUAGACACAUAAGAGAUGGGAGCUGGUUCGUCCAAUCUGUGUGUCGGCAGCUAAAGGAGGGCUGUCAAAGGGGUGAAGACAUUAUCACCAUCCUCCACAGCGUGAACAAUGAAGUAAGCCAGAAAGAGGGCAGCAGUCAAAACCCAGGUGCAAGAAAGCAGAUGCCUGAAGUUAGGUUCACCCUGACGAAUCGACUUGUGUUGUCUCCACAUCAGCAUUGAAGCUUAAACACCAGAAAUCAUGCAAACACAGUAUGCUUUAUGUCUUAAUUAAGGGUGUAUAAUUUACUCAGGGGAAGGGGUUUCUUAAGGUAUACUCAAUCUUUUUUUAUCUUUCUAAAUCUUAUAUUUUUAAAUCAUCACAUUGAAUCAUUGUGUUUUAUAUUGACCCAGAUUUGUGUUGCAGAAUAAACCUGCUUUUUGCUCAAAGUAUGAUGACCACUGGUGGGUCCAUGUUUUAAUGAGGGAUGAUACUAUUUCACUAGAACUUUAUACAAACAGAAGCCUGGUGACAUUCGCAUAUCUAACAAAUAAGUUACUAAUGUAAACAUGAAUUUGUAUUGCCUCCUAGCCUUAUCUACGCAUAUUUAGUAUAUGAAAGUGUUCCUAACGCAAUAUAUUUUUAAAACAUUUUCUUUUAUGGCUUAGAAAAACAAUCCAAACACAACCAGUACAGCAAAUAUAAAACAGAUGCCAGUAACUGAAUGGUAAAGAGAAAAGAAAUUUGU